AAAGGAAAAGAGAAAAGCUCGAAACCCAUGCAUUAUCUCAAACCCUUAAUGCUUAUAAGAGGUACACAUCUGUCACAUUAGUCUCUUAAACCGAAAGGAAAAAUGGCCACCGCCACGCAACUCUUCACUUGCGCUCUCCUUUUCUCGUGCACCCUUUUCCAUGUUGCUCGCCCAGAGCUCAUCAUAACCCUAGUCAAUAACUGCCCCUUUACUAUCUACCCAGCAAUCCAGCCCAACGCUGGUCACCCCGUCCUCGAGAAGGGAGGCUUCCCUCUCCAAACUCUAACCCACCGCUCCUUCCGUGCACCAGACCAGCUCUGGUCAGGCCGGAUCUGGGGCCGCACUGGCUGUGCCCACUCCAACGGAAAGUUCCAUUGCGUUACAGGUGAUUGCAACAACAGAAUCGAAUGCAACGGACUCGGUGGAGCCACCCCUGCCACGCUGGCCCAGAUCACUAUCCACCACGGCCACAAGGACUUCUCCUCUUAUGGAGUGUCCCUUGUUGACGGUUUUAACCUCCCCAUGACGGUGACCCCGCACGAAGGAAAAGGGGUGUGCCCUGUGGUGGGUUGCAGAGCCAAUCUGCUAGCCACGUGCCCAGAGAAGCUCCAGUUCAGGUCACUGGGCCGUCACGGUCAUGUUGUGGGGUGCAAGAGCGGGUGUGAGGCACUUGGAACGGAUGAGCUGUGUUGCAGGAACCAUUACAAUAGUCCACAGACGUGUAGGGCUUCGACUUUCUCUGAGUUCUUUAAGCAUGCUUGUCCUGCCACUUUUACCUAUGCUCAUGAUAGUCCAUCGCUCAUGCAUGAAUGUUCUUCGCCACGUGAACUCAAAGUCAUCUUCUGUCACUAGAGAGUCAAGAGUAGCAGAGACCAAGAAUGAAUAAUAUAUCUUAUCUUUCGCUUCUUUGUAUCUGUCCUCGUUGUCUCCCCGCUCGUCAUCUUAGAAGAUUAAUUAAUAAUUGGUCUUAAUGUUAUGUUGGGAUGGGAUGCCAUGUUUGGGGUUCUGUUUAAUCAAAUCUUAAUUUCAGAUA